UCAAGCUCUGGAACACUCGAUGAGUGAGAACUCGUGUCAACUAUGUGCAGUUGAAAAGCUGAGUUUUGAACCCCCGCCUAUACUUGUCCAAAUUGUUAUAUGAAAGAAGUUGAAAGAGGAGAGCGGAUGCCUCUACCACAGAGUGUUGUACUUGGAGCAAAAGAUUUACCUCGAACCAUACUCAGUGAUCACAUAGAGAGCAGGUUGUUUGGAAAAGUGAAGCAGGAGAGACUAGAGCGCACAAGGUUCUAUGGGAAAACUUAUGAUGAGGUUCCUGGAGCAGAAGCACUUGUUGUCAGAGUGGUCUCUUCUGUGGACAAGAAGUUGGAAGUCAAGCAACAAUUUCUUGAUAUCUUUCAAGAGGAAAAUUACUCUGUGGAGUUUGGGUAUAAGUCUAAGCAUCUUUCCCUACAUUUCUUCCUAUACAAUAUAUUAUACUCUAAAAAAUCUACCCAGUUAUAUGCGCUGGCACUAUCUUGUGGUUUUGUCAAGUACUUCAGGCCUGAGAUUAAGGCUGUGACAGGGGAGGCUCUUCGUACAUUUGUAUAUCAUGAAAUUCUGUAUGUGCAACAUAGCAAAACAUCAAUGUCCUUCAAAACUAUGGAUGAUGGCCAAGUCUUACUCUAUGCAUUCUCUAGAGAUAUUUUUCCUUAUGUCAUAGAAUGA